UCAUUCGUCAACAGACUCUCGUGCGGUUCGGUUCUCAGCCUCAGCCUUUGAAUUCAGCAUACUCACAUCACAGUCGCAAGUCACUGGUCACUGGUCACAGUUCACAGUCACGCAGUUACUGCCUUUGCCCGGUUUUCGAUUUUCGAAAGAUAUUCGAAAGUGCUGAACAUACAUAAUUUUUUUUUUUUUGGUUUUUGUGCUAAUCUAAGAAAUUGAGUAUAUAUACAUAAAUAUACACAUAAAGUGCAAUAGCGUUCCGAAAUACCAUUUUUCAAUUCGAAUACAAACGACCGAGCCGAAGUGAAAGAGUGUGUGUGGCAAAUAUUUAAAUCCCAUUCGCGUUCCGAUUCGGAGGAGGAUUUGGCGGAGAAAGCUUGAGACACAGAGAACACACCGCAGUCAAAGGUGAAGUAAGCAAAGUAAUUGAAGCAGCCAGAAAAAAUGCGUCGCUCCUCGUUCACGCCCGUCUUCAACUUGAGCACCCAGGAGCCGCUGAUCGUGGUGGAGGAAUCGCACACCGCCGAGGAUGGUGAUGACUUGGAGGGUGCCGCCGGUGGAUGUGAUCCCACUGCGGCCGGGACACGCCGUUCCAACAGCGAUGACUCCGAACCGGACUCGCCGGUGAAUCCCUAUCUGCUUUGCCCAUUUCCCGAUAUGCAACAGCGACGCAAGCAUUCGCUGCCAUCGCUUCAAAUUACCGAGGGCAUCACCGCCAGUCAGGUGCGUCGAUUGUCGGAGGUGGGCGGCGAGACUGGCGGGCUCAGUCCCAAGGAGGUCGAGUUUCUGGCCACGCUCUCGCAGAAGGCCAAUCCGACGGCCGGUGGACGUAGGCACUCGGUGGUCACCAUAUCGGCGGUGCCGCCAACGCUUUUCGGACGCAAUCGCCGCGAGUCCAUUUCCGGUGUAUCCUUCAGUGGCAGUCGCCGUGGCAGCGUCAUCGCCGGACCGCCAUUAACCGAUCACCGCGGCAGCGUGCACAACUUGCAGCUGGACAUCAUGGAUGGCAUCGUCCAGCAGCGGAAGACGCGCAGCGGAAGCGGCGUCUGGACAGCGCCCGUUCUGCAGGAGGCCGAUAGCAAUGUGCCCGUGCAGACAUAAGCAGCUGAAGGACACGCACGAUAGCAAGGGGGGAAAAGGACGAAAAAUGGACGAAUGUGGAGAAGGAUGGAUGGAUGAAUGGAUGGCUGGAUGGUUGGAUGGGGAUUUCUUCGACAGAUGGACGGAUGAAUUCGGUUGGACACUGGGCAAUACAAACAACCAAAUGCCUGGAAACUCCGAACCAACUCGAACUGCAACUGGACCUUUAUUAACAUUUCGUGCUUUCCACCCGACAAAGGAAAAAAAAAACACACCCCUCACACUCUGCCCCCCUACGAUUUUCCACCGGGAAAUUGCUUUUCGCGGCUGCCGCAUAAAGCAAACAAACAAACCACAAAAACCGCAUGAAACAAAAAAAAGAAAAAAAAAUCGCAUGGAAAAUGGCAAAGAAUGGUAGGUGGAAACUGAAGAUAAAAAAACGAAAUACACACAGAAAAAAAAAGAACAGGAAAAUAUAAAACUUCGAAAAUGAAAAACUGCAGUUAAACAAAGAGCGAGAUGACAAGACCAAUUUAAGAUGAAAAGAAUGGGCGGAAAACGCGAAAAGGCGGACAAAUAAAGCAAAACGAACGUGAAAGAGAACCAAAAAAAAAAACCAACUGAGAAAAACACAUCGUGACCAUUUUGAUUGCCAGCAAUUUUGGUUAACACCUGUGCCAUGUGCCAUGUGCCACGCCCACAACUGUCGCCCGCUCCCCAAAGACACAUCGCCCACAAUUACGACUUAAAAAUGGACACAUCCUCCCUAUGCAAGGACAAUUGCAAAUAAUAUUUAAUUGGUGUGUUAAGGACGAAAGGACAACAGGAAACCAAAGAUAGCGCAACACUCGAUACCCAUCCUCGAAAUAAUUAAAAUUCCCAAGUGGUCAAAAAAAAAAAAAAAAAAAAACAGAACAACUACCCAAAACGUUCCAUUAUCAAUCGAUUUCAAGUGAACACGCAACUCAAUGUAAUCAGUUUAUAAAAUAAAACAAAAAAACACAUGAAAUUAAAUCAAUAUAUUGUAUAUUCAGGAAUUGAUAUAUUAGUGAAUAACUAGCGAGAACGAAAAAAGUGGAAAAAGAGCGACUUAAAAAAUAACUAUUUACUUAGGACCUAGUUACUCCUCAUUUUUUUUUUUUUUUGGAUGUUGUGUAGAACCGUCGUGAACCACCGCAUGAAAGAAAACCACCAAAAUGAAAACUAACUAAUAUAUAUAUGUACAAUCCCACAGACUAUUUACCUAUAGAACAGAAUCCAAUGCAAUUAGAAAGUGGAAAUCCUCAGGUGCUUUUCGAACUAGCUCGUUUUUCCAUUUACCAGUUACCAUUUAACCCUGAUUGAUUCAAUCAACCAGCGCAAUCAAAAUUGAAAAGAAUUGACAAAUAUACCAUGGUACCUAAAAACAAAAAUCAAGCAAAAAAAACCAAGCAACAUUAAAACAUUAGUGAAAACUAACUAAACAAUGAAAAUGAAAUCUAGGCUAAGAGCAAAACGAUUUAUCGCCAAACCAGCAAUAAAACGAUGUGGAAAUUCAACUAUUUUUGAACUGGGCUGGCUGCUUGCCCAGCCCAGCAGGUCAGCCAGCCUUUAGUUCGAGUAGACCAGGCCCGAAAUCCAAUAACCCCAAUUAAUAAUAAUAAUACUACUACAUACAUGACGAACAACUUGAGAAUUUGAUGAUUUCUUCAAUUUUAUUUCGGCUUUUGUGUGUGUGUGGCAUGUAACGUAGUGCAAUUCGAUGAAAUCGAAUAUUUGGAAAAACUGUCUCGUUUAAAAAUCAUCUGAAAGUAUUCAUUCAUAUUUUGCAAACAGUACUUGUUCCUUCUUUUUUUUAGUGCACAUAUAAUUGGUUUUUUAAAUUUGCUAAUAUUGCACAAUUUGUUUUAUUUUCUUCUCUAUAAAAUUAUAGGAAAAAUGUAAUUAAUUUAGGUUUAUAUUUACAAAAGAUUUGGGUAUUAUUUUUGCACCCUUGAUUAAAAAUGGAAAUAUGAAUUGAAGAGAUCGCCGCACUCUCAAGUCGUUGAAGUUUUCUUUUAUAUAAGUCUCGAUGUUGUUGUUUCUCAUAGAGUGUACACAUAAACAUAGGAUAUAUGUCCUCGUCAUAAAUAUAUUUAGAAUGUACAUAACAAAAUACUCGAAUAUUUAAUUUACUCUCUGUGUUCCUCUAUUCGAACCGGAAACGAGUUUGCGUCUUCUUAGCACUCCAGGAAAAUGAAGGAAAAUGCCCCAAUUUUCAAUAUGAAAUGGGUGGAGAAUUAAAGAGACCCGUAACUAAAAAUUUCCCUUUCCUCUAAUUUGACCUGAGCAAAAUGUCGCUGGACGACGAAGGAAAAAUACAAAAGAUGUGUGUAAAACAAAACUAGAGAAUUUUUUUAUUAUUAAACAUAGUCAAGGAUAAUCAACACGAGAUGAUGGAGAAUUUGGAUGAUGAUGGCAAAAAUGAUGAUGAGAAUGCAAGGAUGUAAAAGAUAUAUUUAUAGAAAUGAGCUAUAUGUAUACAUAAUGACAGAUUGAUUAUAUGAUUAUAUAGUAACUUAUUGUCACAACGCAAGAGCAAUCAAUGUUUAACUUUAUUAAAUGUUACAAAGAGUUUUAAAUAUUAAAUAUACUUAAUGAAAUAUAUACAGAUAUACCUAUAUAUUGCAGAUUAUAUUCUAUACAUAUAAUUUGUAGGUGAAGCUGAGAUGAAAAUGAAUAAAAAAUACUAGUCGUACUCGUAGUUCGCCAUUAUGUUUGCCAAAAAUCGGAGAUAAAUGUAAGAAAAGUUGUGUCAGCCAUUGCAGAAAUUCGAGGGAAAUUAUUGUAUUUAGCAAAAGGUUUUCCAGAAUCUCAUAAAACUCCAUUUGUAAAUCUAUUGUACCCGCCAAAUAAAUAAUCGUGAACCACAAUCCUUAUAUUCAAAAUAAGCAAACCACAAAAGAAGAAAUUUUGGAAAGGCACGGUUUGAAAAAAAAAACCGGGCUGGCACUCUUUCUAAUUUUUUUUUUGUUAGCAUUUAUUUCAAAAUCGUUAUUUCUUGUGUCUUAGCAAUAAUAAUAUAAUUAAAAUGUGUGUGUCGCUCUGUAACUGUCUCUAUUGUGUUUGAGAUUACUCGUAUCUUAUAAUGAAUAUUAUUACUAAACUAAAGC